AUGAGUGCACAGGAUAAAACCAAUCCCGAAAGCGAGGCAGUGCCAGCGCCGCCACCAACAGCCGCAGGCAGACCCAGGCCACCCACUUCGCAGCUCUUUUCGCGCGGUAAUCUGGUUAGCAGUCGUGCAGGCGCUGGGGACAAGACAGCUCUAGCCCGACCCUCCACUGCGGUACGAGCUGUGGGCUAUGCGGCCAACAGCAGUGGCUCCGCUGGCCAAAGGUUCGAUCAGUUCUUUCUGGAGAAGGCCAAGCAGCAGACACUCUCCUCGGCCAAUGCAGCCGUCGAUGCAGCCAAGGAAGUCAAUCCCCAGAUUAAGUACAAAAAUUUAGAGGCAAAGAUUGUCAAGCUACUGGAGGCUUCUAUUGUCCUGGCCUCGCGCAGUGCCAGUGGAGAAGUCAAUGCGGAGACUAAAUCCGCGCUGGCGGAUGCUUUGAACAAGGCCAAGGAAGCCUUCUCCCUGGAUCGGACACUGCACCGCUUCCGGGAUCAGCAGGGCGAGAAUGUGUACCACAACUUUGAUUUGACUUAUGCGGUAUUCUUCAACCUCGCCGAGCAAUACGAACACAAUGACAUGCACAUCGAGGCGCUCAACACGUACAGCAUUAUGACCAAGAACAAAAUGUUUCCCCAUGUCAAUCAGUUGAAGCUGAACAUGGGCAACAUUUACUACAAGAUGGGCAUCUACCCGAAGGCCGUUAAAAUGUAUCGCAUGGCAUUGGACUCGGUGCCGAAGAAUCUGAAUCAGCUGCGUCUGAAGAUCACCGAGAAUAUUGGGGUUUUGUUUGUGCGAAUGAGCUCAUAUUCGGACGCUGCCUCUAGUUUUGAGUUCAUCAUGUCGGAGCGGGCGGACAUCAAGAAUGGCAUCCAUCUGCUGCUCUGCUACUAUGCCAUGGGCGAUGUCGAGAAGAUCAAGAGUGCCUUCCGCAAUCUGUGCGAUGUCCAGGCCGUGGAGAGCGAAAGUGAUCUGGAGAGCGAGAAUAAUAUUAUAAAGCUGCAACAGCAGGCCGAACAGGCUGGCCAAGCUGCUGGGGAUCAGCUGCAAAAGUCCACAGACGGCGAGGCGCUGGCCAGUGGUGGUGCCGAGGUGGCUGUAAUUGAUGCCGAAGGAGGCAGCACCUACGAGAAGCUGCAAGAGUCGAUCAAUAACUCGGCCAAGGCCAAGAAUCGUUCAGUGCUGCAGGCCCUCAAAACGGAUGAACUGGCGCUGUACACCAAGCAAAAAAGGAAUGCGGAAAAACGUUCCAUCACAAUGAUUGUGGAUCUAAUAUCACCCAUAAUUGAGGAGAACUACAAUGAUGGCUACAACUGGUGCAUUGAGAUUAUCAAGACCUCGAAUCUAUCCUGGUUGGCCAACGAACUCGAACUCAACAAAGCGUUGGUCUAUCUGCGACAGAACGAUGUGAAUCAGGCCAUCGAAACGUUGCAGAUGUAUGACCGCAAGAGCGAGGGAUCCAUGACAGCCAGUGCGCUGACAAACCUGAGUUUUAUUUACAUAAGUUUGGGCAACCUAGAGAUGGCCUCGCAUUGCCUGAGCCAGCUGCAGGAUAUUGGAGCACUGGAAAGCAAUGCCUUGGCCCUCAUCAAUGCUGGCAUUGUGGACAUGCAGAAGCAGAAUCUAAGCUCAGCCAGGCAACGCUUGGAACGCGCGUUGCAGCUGCAGCCCAACAGCUUUGAGGCAAACUAUAAUCUUGGCUUGGUGGCGCUCGCGCAGCAGGACUAUCAUCAGGCAGAGGAGCAGUUUGAGCUGCUGAAGGCACAGCUAAUGGUGCCACACUCGGUGCAGCAUAGCCAUGUCUACUAUCAGCUGGCCAAGUUGCAGGAGCGUCGACUCAGCAAUGGCUCGGGGAUGGUGGGGAGUGGCUUCAAGCCAACAGCAACGCCGGGAGCACUGCAGGCAUAUCUGCAGGUGCUGGGCAUCUCCGCUGCGGACAUUGAUUCGCGGCUGUUUGAGAAGGUGGGCUCCAUGUAUGAGCAGAUACAGGAUCAUCAGGAGGCGAAUCAGUACUACAACGAAGCGUAUCGCAUCAACAUGAGCGACAUCAGCAUUGCCAGCUCCAUUGGCUCCUACUAUAUCAAGCUGCAGGCCACGGAGAAGGCUCUGUACUACUACGAGCGAGCGGUUCUCGCUGAUCCCAAUGACCCCAAUCUCAUGCUGCGUAUUGCCAGCUGUUUCCGCAACUCUUAUCUGCCGCCCAAGCAGUAUCUGGGCAUGUUCGAGAAGAUCUAUGCACGAUUUCCGGAUAACCUCACCUGUGUGCGCGCCUUGAUGCAGGUGACCAAGAGCCUCGGCCUCACAGAUCUUCAUGAGCGUUACUCGCUGGACUAUGCUCGUCUGCACAAGCUGCAGCAAGAGCGACAGAAUGAGCAACGCUAUCAGCAGCAGCGUCUGUCAUCGGCUACAUCAACCAGCAGUCGCAUGAGAACUAUACGACCCUCUAAUGAGGAGCGUCUGCAGGAAAAUAGCGACAUCUCUGGCACCAUGGCCUAUAGACAAACUUCUGCCACAUUUGCAGUGCAACAGUUUGAUCCUUUGGGUCCACCCGCUGAGCGUCCCCGCACUGGCAUGUAUCGUGGCCAGCAUAGCAGAGACGACUCCGACGAUGAUGCGGAAAUGAAUGCUGAAAGCUUGUUGCCCAUUUAACAACAAAGCAAAACAAAGUU